CCCGCCCCUUCCCCCGCCGCCCGCCCCCUCUCCCCCCCCCCCGCCCGCUCGCCGCCUUCCUCCCUCUGCCUGCCUUCCCCACGGCCGGCCGCCUCCUCGCCCGCCCGCCCGCAGCCCCGGAGCCCAGGCCGCCGCGGCCGUGGCGGCGGAACUCUCAGCCAUGGCCUCGGGCGACACCCUCUACAUCGCCACGGACGGCUCGGAGAUGCCGGCCGAGAUCGUGGAGCUGCACGAGAUCGAGGUGGAGACCAUCCCGGUGGAGACGAUCGAGACCACGGUGGUGGGCGAGGAGGAAGAGGAGGACGACGAGGACGAGGACGGCGGCGGCGGGGACCACGGCGGCGGGGGCGGCCACGGGCACGCCGGCCACCACCACCACCACCAUCACCACCACCACCACCACCACCCGCCCAUGAUCGCCCUGCAGCCCCUGGUCACCGACGACCCGACCCAGGUGCACCACCACCAGGAGGUGAUCCUGGUGCAGACGCGCGAGGAGGUGGUGGGCGGCGACGACUCGGACGGGCUGCGCGCCGAGGACGGCUUCGAGGACCAGAUCCUCAUCCCGGUGCCGGCGCCGGCCGGCGGCGACGACGACUACAUCGAGCAGACCCUGGUGACGGUGGCGGCGGCCGGCAAGAGCGGCGGCGGCGGCGGCGGCUCCUCGUCGGGCGGCGGCCGCGUCAAGAAGGGCGGCGGCAAGAAGAGCGGCAAGAAGAGUUACCUGGGCGGCGGGGCCGGCGCGGCGGGCGGCGGCGGCGGCGCCGACCCGGGCAACAAGAAGUGGGAGCAGAAGCAGGUGCAGAUCAAGACCCUGGAGGGCGAGUUCUCGGUCACUAUGUGGUCCUCAGAUGAAAAAAAAGAUAUUGACCAUGAGACGGUGGUUGAAGAACAGAUCAUUGGAGAGAACUCGCCUCCUGAUUAUUCAGAAUAUAUGACGGGCAAGAAACUCCCUCCUGGAGGGAUACCUGGCAUUGACCUUUCAGAUCCUAAGCAGCUAGCAGAAUUUGCGAGAAUGAAGCCAAGAAAAAUUAAAGAAGAUGAUGCUCCAAGAACAAUAGCUUGCCCUCAUAAAGGCUGCACAAAGAUGUUCAGGGAUAACUCUGCUAUGAGAAAACAUCUGCACACCCACGGCCCCCGAGUCCACGUCUGUGCAGAGUGUGGCAAAGCUUUCGUUGAGAGCUCAAAGCUAAAGCGACACCAGCUGGUUCAUACUGGAGAGAAGCCCUUUCAGUGCACAUUUGAAGGCUGCGGGAAACGCUUUUCACUGGACUUCAAUUUACGCACGCAUGUGCGAAUCCACACCGGAGACAGGCCCUAUGUGUGCCCCUUCGACGGUUGUAAUAAGAAAUUUGCUCAGUCAACUAACCUGAAAUCUCACAUCUUAACACAUGCUAAAGCCAAAAACAACCAGUGAAAAGAAGAGAGGAGACCCUUCUCGCCGGUGGGAAGCAUCUGCAGGAGUGAUUGGGAAUCCAUAUGCCUCUCCUUUGUAUAUUAUUUCUAGGAAGAAUUUUAAAAAUGAAUCCUACACACCUAAGGGACAUGUUUUGAUAAAGUAGUUAAAAUUAAAAAAAAAAACUUUAAUAAGAUGACAUUGCUAAGAUACUCUAUCUUGCUCUGUAAUCUCGUUUCAAAAACACGGUGUUUUUGUAAAGUGGUCCCAACAGGAGGACAAUUCAUGAACUUCGCAUCAAAAGACAAUUCUUUAUACAACAGUGCUAAAAAUGGGACUUCUUUUCACAUUCUUAUAAAUAUGAAGCUCACCUGUUGCUUACAAUUUUUUUAAUUUUGUAUUUUCCAAGUGUGCAUAUUGUACACUUUUUGGGGAUAUGCUUAGUAAUGCUAUGUGUGAUUUUUCUGGAGGUUGAUAACUUUGCUUGCGGUAGAUUUUCUUUAAAAGAAUGGGCAGUUACAUGCAUACUUCAAAAGUAUUUUUCCUGUACAAAAAAAAAAGUUAUAUAGGUUUUUGUUUGCUAUCUUAAUUUUGGUUGUAUUCUUUGAUGUUAACACAUUUUGUAUAAUUGUAUCGUAUAGCUGUAUUGAAUCAUGUAGUAUCAAAUAUUAGAUGUGAUUUAAUAGUGUUAAUCAAUUUAAACCCAUUUUAGUCACUUUUUUUUCCAAAAAAAUACUGCCAGAUGCUGAUGUUCAGUGUAAUUUCUUUGCCUGUUCAGUUACAGAAAGUGGUGCUCAGUUGUAGAAUGUAUUGUACCUUUUACCACCUGAUGUGUACAUCCGUGUAACAGAAAGGGCAACAAUAAACUAGCGGUCCUACAGAGAGAACAUGGCAGAAGAAGAUCUGUAAGCACAGUCUUAUUUUCUUUUAUUGUCCAAAAUACUUAAAAAUUCUUGAGCCUCCCAGAAAUUGGAAGCUUAAAUAAAGCAACUCAAGUUUCCUUUAUUUUGCACUCAAUUACAAUGACUUGUGAUUAAAUCGCUGCACGGAUAUCCUAAUCCUUCCUACAUAUCCUGAUUGAAAGACUGGUAACAGACAUCCCAAGUUGAAGAUCUACCUCAGGGCACCCCGGAUCGGCCCGUGGGUGGUGGGGUUGCCCUUGACCAUCCCAGCACGUGGGGAUGGCACGCGGUGCCACGCUGAGCCCUCGGAUGCUAAAGCCGUCACUGGCAGCGGGUGCGGUGCGCCUGCCCCAAGGGAAAUCCAGGCCUUUCCACCACGCAGGCGGCCUGCAAAGGCGGGCAGCCCCCGUGGCUUGCCCAGCAGGAAACAUGGUCAUUGAUAAUUCGGUUUGGGAGCCUCUUUCAAAAGAAUUCUAUGUAGUGAAGUCCUUAUUAAGUGCUAGCAAAUGUGGCAAUUGAGUACCAGUAGCUUGAUUUCUAUGCUUCUGCGUGGACUCUUGAGUACAGAUUGGCAAGGUGAUUAGAUUACUAGAGAAUUGUACUCAGUGAGUACUUACGUCUCAUGUUGUGACCUCUUUAAUGUAUAAUUUUUGAAUUUUACUUACGAUCAAAUAUCAGACUUGUUAAUAACUAUUUUGUAAACUGCCGUGAUACAGCAAAAUCCCAUCUAGUCCAAAUGCAGACAUACUGUGUUGUGUGUCUUUUUGUGGUGUAUGCUUGACUCUGCAAGGUAAUUGAGAAACUAGCUAAUAUCAGGUUUAUUUAUAGAGUGGCCAGGACACCAUGUGGUCAGCUGGGUCGCCUGAGCGCGUGGAUAGCUCCCUCACCAGGAAGGCCGGUAAUGGGCCCCGGCUCUGUGGGAUUUUGAAGUGCCUUUAUUUGUCCAGAAUCUGUUAGCUGUUGAGUAGUUGGCUGGAACUGAGGUUACUCGCAAGUCCUCGGCUGCUGUCUGGAUACACUAGACUUUGCUGUGUCUGGCAGUCAGGACGGAUGGACGCGAGGCCGUCCUGGCCGUCGCGGGGCCCCUUCAAGCUGACUGCCCUAUGCUAAAGCUUCCCAGACCUGCCUGGGCAGAAUCUCUUCUUGGAGCCCUUGUAAGCGUCCGUGCCCUUGCUCCUCCCUGGUGUGGCCGCACCACAACGCCACGCGAUCCGGUGCCACAGCACCCUCGCCCAGCUUUAUGCCGCAUUCUAUCGAGCUUGGCCCUGUCCUCAGCGCCCUGCCCCAGGUCCCACGACGGGGACGCCCGGCCAGCAGCCCUGAGAGCCAUGCUUCGCCCUGCGGGAGCCAGGCCCCCGCGUGCAAGGUGGGCCCUCCUCUGUGCCUUGAUGCCGUGGGGUCCAGACGCCCUCGGUCAUCUCUCCCUCCCUCCCGUCUGGGUAGAACUGUCACCACGCCUCUUGCCCCCUCUGUGUUCACGUCUUUCUCAGAGUCUGCACUUCUGUAAGAAACUUCAUUUGGGGUUGAAAGAAAACUUGACGUGCGUGCGGUUCCUUGGUUGACCUGGCGCCCUGAACUUCACAACAGUAGUGUAGGAAACUAGUGAAAGAGCAACAAUGUAAAGACUAGUGGUAAUUCUCAUUGGGUGUGACUUAAGCCCAUUUGCUUGUUAGAAUUUAUAAUUUUGUUAAAGAUUAAUUUACUAAAAGUUAAACCGUGUUCUAAUAGUCCAUUGUCUUGAGAAUUAAUCUGAUUUAUAUAUGUAAUACGGAUAGACAUAUUUUCUUACAUCCAAGCAGAAAUAAGUGCAUGUUUCUAGCAUAUGUAACAUUGGAAGGAAAAAAAAAACUCCAGAGGAUAAGUUUACACUUAACAAGAUGUUGUUUUCUAUUUUUUGAAUUUCUUAUUAUUCCCCCCUCUUUGGUAGUGAGGUUGGGGGGCAUGAUAUUUGUAUAAAGAACUGUCACCCCAGAGUGACAUUUAUUUUCCAGGGUGGCGUGGAGCUCAUGCUGUUUUCAUAUGCUAUCUAUGCUUUGCCUAGGCUUGAGGCCUGAGGAGUUGAGAAAAAUCAAGGUUUUCUUUUGUUUGGUUUCACACACGAUUGCUUCCGAAUGUCGCGCGUUCUGGUCAUUGAAGAGUAGGAACCUUGAAGCAGUGAGCGGCGCCUGCGCCUGUUGCUAAGCAGCCUUGUGUCAGUUCACUUCUUCCCAGGGAUGAAAGCCCUCGUGUCCACGCCCACCUGGGCCGGUUGCUGUCCCACCCGCGCCCGCAGUGGAGCAGCGCUCACCUGGGCCAGUGACUGUACCCCAUUGCUGUCCGGCUAGAGUUCAUGUCCAUGGCCCAGGAAAAGCCAGCCCUGAAACAAACGUGCGGAUUCUACCCAGCCCCCGCGACCAGCAGCUAGAUCUGACGGUGCGUUUUGACUCUAAUAGAACAUGAGCAUGGCGCAGGACACGUAACAGUCUCUAAAUGCUCUUGACCCCUGGACGCAGGCCACAGGAGAGGGGACAGACGAGGUGCUCCUUGGCACCCACCUGACCUGGGGACCCUGCUGAGCGGCUUCCCCCUGGCUUGGCUGCUCCUCGCCGGGCACCCGAUCACCUUAUCGCUGCACCCUUGGGAUUAGUGUAGCCACAGCACCUCCCCUGAGUUUUGAGGCCUACUCGGGCCAGGCAGGUGCGUUUCACACAAGCUCCGCCCUCGGGAGUGCCUGGUGGCCCUGGCCCCGCGCUUGGUAGUGGGUUCCCGAUAGCAGGAGGUUCGCCUCUGAGUCUGCAGUUAAUGAAUGGCUGGAGCUCAUGCACAAGCCACUGACGGUGGACUUGUCUUGCUCGUGCUCAGGUUGUGUUCAGCUGCUUUGGUUGUGGGAGAAUGGCGUAAGUGCAGGCCCUCGAGACCCGCGUCGGGCCCCAGGGCCCAAAUACUCAGUGGGGUGCCGGGAACGCCUUUUGAGUUGACAGUGUCACGGUGUGGUGCGAGCGGUGGGUGACCAGUGUGUGGGCAAAGAGCAUGCGUGGAAGGGAAUGUUGGCACAGGGUGUGAGCUGCUGCACAGGGCUCGUGGCCAGCCCGAACCGUGGCCCCCAUAUCCCAGGCCUGCGUGGGACACGACUGCAUUGAUCUCAGACAGAGCGCUUGGUCUUCCACAGAGUGAUGAAAUGGAUGUAUGUACCCUUUCCUUAAGGACCCUCAGGCACCCUAAAAACAGCAUGCGGGCAUUGGGGCGGCAGCCGGCUGCGCUGGACUGCCCGCCGUCCUUUCUGGGGCUGCACGCGGCUAGCUGCAUGGGCCGGGGAGGGGACAAGGCGGCACCAAAUGGGAGUCACCUCUUCCGACAACGCCAGCAGCUGCCAGGCUCUUACCUACAGAUGGCAUGGGAAUUUCUGGGUUUGGGUUUUGGGUUUGUUUCUGGGUUUUUGGGUUUUUUUUGCUAACUUCUGUAGGCACUGGCCUGAGGACUUAGCACUGUGUCUCAUGUACAUCUUUUCAAGUGUUUUUUGCUGUUUCUGGAAUUGUCCUUGUUUUUUUUCCCUUAGCUCAUAGGUCAUAGACGCAGACAUAUUAUAGUAUUUAAGGCACCUGCAUCAAGCAUCAGAUGGCUUUGCAUCCAGAAAAACAUUGAUAACUCAGUCUGACGCACCAAGCAUGUGUAACAUGGCUCUACAAAGUAUAAUAAACGCAUAAUGUUAAGCUUU